AUGAAGGCCUUCCAGCGAGCAAUUCCUGCUCUACGGCACUUUCACCUCAGCCAGAACCUGCAGCACCAGCAAGGACUGCAUCGAUAUGCGCGACUCGUCCACUCGUCCACCACCAAAGCUGCGGUUGCGCACCCAGUGAACGCCUCUGGGCCUCCGCCAAAGCCGCCAGCGUCGACGGCGAGCCCUCUAAGGAAGAGAUUCUGGAAAGAUGUUCACGUUAAAGAAGCUGCAGGCAGGCACCCAACUGACGUCUUGUUUUUGUCAAGCUUGAUAGAUAUUAACAUGUGCUUUACUUUAAUAGGAGGCCAUCAAAUAUACCUGGACAGCCGGCCAGUUCGAACACCAGAGAAGAAUAUAUUAACUGUGCCUUCCUCGAAACCCCAUCUUGCGCACGCUAUCGCCCUAGAAUGGGACCUACUCAAGACAGCACAGCAUGCAACCAAGUACCACCUUAUACCGAUGACAUCAAUCACCGGCCGGGCCGAAGAUAUCGCAGCUGAAGAUGCCAAAGGAGUGACCACGAUACGAGACGAUAUAACCCGAGUAAUGCUACGGUAUCUUGAGACCGACACACUUCUCAGCUGGGCCCCGGAGAGAGAACCAGACUAUGUCGGACGAAGUGAAGAGAAGCGCGAGACGCUGCGGGAGAAGCAGAUCAAGGCGGCCGAGCCCAUCAUCUCGGCCCUGGUUUCUGCUGUCUGGCCUGGCGUAGAGCUUAAGCCAACCCUUGACGCCAACAGCAUCAUGCCAUUGCCUCAACCACAGCAGACAAUUGAUUUCAUUCGAGGGUGGCUGUCGAGUCUUUCGCCGUACGACCUUGCUGGCGUGGAGAGAGCCGGAAUAGCCACAAAAAGUCUGCUGGUCGGCACCCGGGUGGUGAUCGAAUGGAGCGAAAACUUCCGCCAUAUCCGGCCUAACGGUGCGAGCAGGACGUUCGGCAUCGAAGAGGCCGCGUAUGCGUCGAGCCUGGAGGUCAGAUGGCAGAUAGAGAACUGGGGAGAAGUCGAGGAUACGCACGAUGUAGAGAGGGAGGACUUGCGCCGACAGCUAGGGAGCGUCAUCCUGCUAGUAAGCGGUUGUCCUGCAUGA